AGUCUGUGUCUGAAAUUUUGGUCGGAGAUCUGGAUCCCGCACGCACGCACGCACGCACGCACAAAUUGAACCCCCGUUGACGCUUUCAGUUUCGGACCGGACAACUGUUACCCCCAACAGACAAAAUGAAGUUCACAGACUCUCCAGUAAUCGAGCUUCCCGUGCGCAACUCCCUCCUUUCUAUCCAACAGGACAACGGCUCCCUCCACGUCGGCACCUCCGUCUGGCCCUGCUCUCUCGUUCUCGUCAAAUUCGCCGACCGCUGGGCCCCACCCGCCCCAACCCCAACCCCAGCUCCCGGCGGCAGCAGCAGCAGCAACAACAACCCCUACUCCGACCUCCUCGACUUCCGCGGCAAGCGCGCCGUGGAACUUGGUGCCGGAUGCGGCGCCGCCGGCAUGGGGUUCCAUCUCCUGGGACUCACCGACCUGGUGCUGACCGACAUAGCCCCCGUCAUGCCCGCGCUGAAACGCAACCUCAAGCGCAACAAACCCGUCCUCGCCAAAACCCUCAAGCACUCCAUCCUCUACUGGAACAACCCCGACCAGAUCAAGUCCCUUAACCCGCCCUUCCACUACGUCAUCGCCACCGACGUUGUUUAUAUCGAGGAGACCGUGGGCCCGCUGGUGUCCACCAUGGAGGUCCUGGUGGCCGAUGACGGCGUCGUCUUGCUCGGCUACCAACUCAGGUCCCCGGAGGCCGACAAGCUCUUCUGGGAACUGUGCCAGACAGUGUUUGACAUCGAGAAGGUUCCGCACGAGGAUCUUCACCCGGACUACGCGUACGAGGAGACCGAUGUUUAUCUUCUGAGGAAGAAGAAGGAGGGGUCGUAGCCCUCGGGGAGCGUUUGGUAAAUUUUGUGGAAUCUUGGGGGUUGGAUGGAAUAUGCUGUUUCAAUUUUUUUUAUAUUUAUUUUCUUAGAUUGUGUGCAAUUUGAUGCUGGAAAUGAUUUGCUAAAUAAAUGAUUUGCUAGAUGGUGAAGGAUAA